GCAAAGGAAAGUGGCAGCUUAAGUUACAAGAAAAUCUUUCGAUGAAAAGGGAAAGACGUCUCCUCAACUGAAUACUUUGUAUUAGAGCGUAUUCGAAAUCAAGUUUAAAGACUUUAUUGUUUGUCGCAGGGAUAUAAAACCAAAAUUACGGCAAAGAAUCGGAACAUGAGUUUGAGUCCUCAACAAGACCAGAGGCCAGUGAUGUUCCAAAAUUUAGUGAGGAUGAAGGGGAUGUGAUUGAAUCUGGACACUCCUAUUUCAGCAUGCUGGAAGGGGAUGAGCAACAGCCACUGGCCUAUGAGGUUAAAAAUGUUCCUGCCACAUCCCCAUAUUCAUCUGUGAGGACAUAUUAUCAGAUGCAUCCUCCACCACUACAGCAUCAGAUGGAUCCUCAACCACUACAGCAUCAGAUGCAUCCUCCACCACCACAGCAUCAGAUGCAUCCUCAACCACCACAGCAUCAGAUGCAUCCUCAACCACCACAGCAUCAGAUGCAGUCUCCACCAGCACAGUAUCAGAUGCAGCCUCCACCAGAGCAUCUGUACUAUAUGCCACCUCAACCUCAGAUCCAGCACCCACCCAUGGCACAACAAAUGCUGCCGCCACCACCACCACCACCACCACCACCACCACCCACCAAUGUCUGUCCUCAAUUGCAUAUUGAGCAACCCUCACAGUCCCCAAGACUGAGUGAUGACAACCCCACAGAGAGCCAGGAAUAUGUGCCAGAGACACCUAUGGAGCCCCAAGCCCCCCCAUGUAAUCAAAUAUUUCCACACAGUCCCAGCAAGAUGCUCUACUGCGGCUUGUUCACAGGGAGCUUAGACUGA